GACAGUUCUCAGAAACAUAAAAAGGUACUCAGUCUCAUCUUCGUAAAAGAUCCAAAUUAAAACUACCCUGAGAUGUUAUCUUUCCAUAUUAGAUUGCCCAAGACCAAAAAGCUGGAGAAAACAUGGGACAUAAGACAUGAGAGAUAAAAGAGAGAAAAGCAUACACAUUUUAUUAAAUUUUACAUAUACCCGGGAAAAUGAAAAUCCAAAGAAGCAAUUAGAAUUAAACAUUUAUAUACUGAAAUAAAAAAAGAAGUACUGGUUUGGACAGUAUCAGACAAUAAGAGCUAAAAUACUACACCAUGCUAACAUGGAAGAUGAGGAGGGUGGUGCUCAGAAUGAAAGCUAAGUUCUUUUUAUUGUUUGGGGAGAGGCUUAUGAUAUUGAGUAAAUCUAUAAUUUGUUGCAUUAAUUGUAAAUGUUAGAAAUGUGAAGAUAAUAAGUAAAAACUAAAAUGAAUAUUGCCAAACCAUAGAGGAAUAAAAAAAAUAAGAAAAAAGAGAGAACAUGGGAAAAUAGAAAGUACAAAACAAAAUAGGCAGAAAAAUCCAAAUAUAUCAGUAACACAAGAAACGAUUAAAGACACCAGUUUAAAAAAAAUAAUAGAGCAGCAGCAGCUGCUAGUGCGCGCGUGUGGGUGUGAGGGCUCGGACCAUGGUGCAGUCCCUCUGGCUCCCCUGCCCCCCUCUCCUGUGAGACUGGCUGCGGGGAGGGAACAUGGAUACUCGUCUGCCGGCUUCUGGUUCCCACGCAAGUAAGCCUGCGGUCAAUGGAGGAGGACAUUGAUACUGCAAAAUCAACAACAGUUUCCUGCGCGACCACAUCUAUGCGACGGAAGGACCCAAGGGAGAACCCAAGACAGAGAAUAGUGGCACAAUAAUGAAGCAUGAAUUAUCUAGAUGAAAUCACCUAUGGAAACAAAGCUGACAUUAUCUCUACGGUAGAAUUCAACCACACGGGAGAAUUACUAGCGACAGGGGACAAGGGGGGUCGGGUUGUAGUAUUUCAACGAGAGCAGGAGAGUAAAAAUCAGGUUCAUCGUAGGGGUGCAUACAAUGCUUACAGCACAUUCCAGAGCCAUGAACCCGAGUUCGAUUACCUGAAAAGUUUAGAAAUAGAAGAAAAAAUCAAUAAAAUAAGAUGGCUCCCUCAGCAGAAUGCAGCCUACUUCCUUCUGUCUACUAAUGAUAAAACUGUGAAGCUGUGGAAAGUCAGCAAGCGUGAUAAGAGGCCAGAAGGCUACAAUCUGAAAGAUGAGGCGGGCCAGCUGCGAGAUCCUGCCACCAUCACCACCUUACGGGUGCCUGUCCUGAGACCCAUGGACCUGAUGGUGGAGGCCACCCCGCGAAGAGUAUUUGCCAACGUGCACGCAUAUCAUAUCAACUCUAUAUCAGUCAACAGCGACUAUGAAACCUACAUGUCAGCUGAUGACCUGAGAAUUAACCUAUGGAACUUUGAAAUAACCAAUCAGGGUUUUAAUAUCGUGGACAUCAAGCCAGCCAACAUGGAGGAGCUCACGGAGGUGAUCACGGCGGCCGUCCACGCCCACCACUGCAACGCCUUCGUGUACAGCAGCAGCAAAGGGAUAAUCCGGCUGUGUGAUAUGCGGGCAUCGGCGCUGUGUGACUGGCACACCAAGUUUUUUGAAGAGCCAGAAGAUCCAAGCAACAGGUCAUUUUUCUCUGAAAUUAUCUCUUCAAUUUCGGAUGUGAAAUUCAGCCACAGUGGGAGGUAUAUCAUGACCAGAGACGAUCUGACCGUCAAAGUCUGGGAUCUCAACAUGGAAAACCGCCCCAUCGAGACUUACCAGGUUCAUGACUACCUCCGCAGCAAGCUGUGCUCCCUCUACGAAAAUGACUGCAUUUUUGAUAAAUUUGAGUGUGUGUGGAAUGGGUCAGACAGUGUCAUCAUGACAGGCUCCUACAACAACUUCUUCAGGAUGUUUGACCGAAACACCAAACGCGAUGUUACCCUUGAGGCCUCGAGGGAAAACAGCAAACCCCGAGUUAUCCUAAAACCACGCAAAGUGUGCAUGGGGGGCAAGCGGAGAAAAAAUGGGAUCAGUGUCGACAGUCUGGACUUUAGCAAAAAGAUCUUGCAUACAGCUUGGCAUCCUUCAGAAAAUAUUAUAGCAGUGGCGGCUACAAAUAACCUAUAUAUAUUCCAGGACAAGGUUAACUAGGAGGACAAGGAGACAAUUGGAAUAGAAGUCCAUGGAGUCCAACCUUCCCACAUCCCCAGUUCUAAGAAACUUUUGUCAAACCCAGUAGGUUCUGGGACACUUCUGUUUAGAAUCGAGAGCUGCCAGCUAACAGUAAUUCUUCCAUAGUUGACUUGAAUUUCUGAUGCUUUUAUUGCCCCGUUUUCUCUGGUGGGUCCAGUGUUUUGUUUCUAGGUGUCUGCUGAGAUAAAAUGAGGUUGUCUGUAGUAUUUAAAGAGAAAAGAGAUAAGUUUUUUUUUUAAUUAAGCAAUUCCAUUUGAUUG